CAGCAAACAAUUUCACAAAAAAAAAAGUUUUAAAAACCUAUCUAGUGUCGUUUUCAAAUCUUAGGCAAAAUGGCGUCCAACCAACAGAGCUACAAAGCUGGUGAGACCAGAGGCAAGGCCCAGGAGAAGACUGGACAAGCUAUGGGAACAAUGAGGGACAAGGCUGAGGAAGGCAGGGACAAGACUCAAGCGACUGCUCAAUCAGCAAAAGACAAGACAUCUCAAGCUACACAAACGGCCCAACAAAAGGCUCAUGAGACGGCCCAGGCAGCAAAAGAAAAGACAUCUCAAACUGCACAAACUGCCCAACAGAAGGCCCAUGAAACUACUCAAGCAGCAAAAGAAAAGACUUCUCAAGCUGGGGACAAAGCUCGCGAGGCCAAGGACAAGACCGGGAGCUACAUGUCGGAGACAGGGGAAGCCAUAAAGAACAAGGCUCAAGACGCUGCUCAAUACACAAAGGAGACGGCCCAAAACGCCGCUCAGUACACAAAAGAGACGGCUGAAGCCGGUAGAGACAAGACCGGUGGGUUCUUGAGCCAGACCGGUGAGCAGGUGAAGCAAAUGGCUAUGGGUGCAGCUGAUGCAGUGAAGCAUACUUUUGGAAUGGCUACAGAGGAAGAAGACAGAGAGCAUUUUCCAGGAAGUACUACGACCACUACUGCAACUACUCGGACCACUGAUCCGACUCACCAGACUUAUCAGAGGAAGUGAGAAAGAAACAAAGAGAACGAUUUGAAAAUGUCUUUUUAAAGUUUGUUGGUCUUUGAGUUCCGUUUUGUAAUUUCCGUUGCGUCUUUGUGUUUGUGAUUCCGUUGUGUUUCUUGUUGUUUGUGACGGUGAUCACCUAAGAGUCUGGAGACUACUAAUUUCCAGCUAAUAAUAAGUUAAGAUUUGAUCCCGUUACAACAUUUGUGUCCUUUCAAUCUGCAAUUUUUGUUUCAAGUAAUAAACAGCUACUAUUACGCUUCA